GCUGCUUCGGAUGACAUCCGAAGGGCCCACCUAGAUAUUGGGACCGUUUUUCCGGGGUCCAGUCAGUACGAGGCGGUCUACUUGUUGCGCCUAAAAGGUUACUAAGUACUAAAUGGUAACAUUUGUCUCACCGUUCUUUCUAAAAGCGGGCCGUGUAUCUACACGUAAAAGGUUGACUUUUGCCAGUGUUGAGGAUUUCAGUCAAAUACUGCAACGGCUAGCUGCAGCUCACAGCUAAAUAGUUAGCCGCAUCCGCACACAGGUAUGUCUGAAGUUAGUCUCGAGGCCGUCCCGGACCCUCGGGAGGAUUGUGAGGAGGUUGAGAAAGAGAGCUUGAGUGAGGAUGGGGAUCAGGGAAGCACGCAUGAUGGCGAUGGGGGAAAGGACGGAGCCGAUGAGAUGUAUGAGGUUGACAUCAACAGUGAUGGGGAAAAUGCAGAAGUGAGGGUUUUUGGUGGUCAGGAGGACAAGGAUGCUCAGAAUGAGAAGGUAGUGUCUGGCGGUGUAGGGAGGGGGCAACUAGAAGCAAAAGGACACCGAGAAACACCAGAGGAAAACGGAGAUUCUCACUCUGAUGGAAAGGGGAGAACAAUGGCCGAGGGUCUGCACAGAAGCUCAGCUGCUGAAAUCCCAGUCACCAGCAAUGGAGACCUGGACCAGAGCCCUGAAACCGUAUUCCAGAGGGACUCUUACUCCAGUAAGCCAGCGCCUCCUCCCAGCAGCUUUGCCUCACCAGUAGAGGGCAUUAUUGAGCCUGGAUCAUACAAAGGGUCGGCAAGCCUGCCUUCAUCUCCUGUGUCACCUGUAGCUCCCAGCUCGGCUGUCGCUAGCCGCCUGGCACGUUCCUCCAGCGAUAGUCAGACCCAGGAAGGAACUGAACCAAAGAGUGGACCUGUGGUCCUCUCAGAUGAUCUGAAGAACCCAGCUAUGGAAAAACUGGACCUUGUGAGAAAGUGGGGCAUCAACACAUAUAAAUGUACCAGACAGAUCCUGUCAGAGAAGCUGGGUCGAGGCUCAAGGACCGUAGACUUGGAGUUAGAGGCCCAGAUCGAACUUCUGCGCGACAACAAGAGAAAGUACCAGAACGUGAUCCGGCUCGCUCAGACUCUGGCCAAUCAGCUGUCCCAGAUUAUUCAGACACAGAGGCAGCUGGGAGACGCCUUCGCUGACCUCAGCCUCAAGUCACCCGAGCUCCAUGAGGAGUUUGGCUACAAUGCUGACACCCAAAAGCUUUUGUCCAAAAAUGGAGAGACACUGCUGGGUGCCAUCAACUUCUUCAUCUCCAGUGUGAACACACUUGUGGAUAAAACCAUUGAAGAUACGAUGAUCAACAUCAAACAGUAUGAAGCAGCCAGGGUGGAGUACGAUGCGUACCGCACUGAUUUGGAGGAGCUGAAUCUGGGGCCACGAGACACCAACACCAUGCCAAAGAUUGAGCAAUCCCAGCAGCAAUUCCAGAUCCACCGGGAGAAGUACGAGAGGAUGAGAGCAGACGUGUCUGUGAAGCUGAAGUUCCUAGAAGAGAACAAGGUGAAGGUUUUGCAUAAACAGCUCAUCCUGUUCCACAACGCCAUAGCUGCAUACUAUGCUGGAAACCAGCAGCAACUGGAAGAGACACUCAAACAGUUUCACAUCAAGUUAAAAAUGCCCGGCGGGGACAAUCCAUCUUUUUUGGAAGAGCACUAAACACUCUUUAUUCGAAAAAAACGGAGGCUCAGUUUGACAUAAAACUACAGGAACCUGCUUCCUUUGUGUUGUUUUUCAAGCCUUUACAAUUGUAAAUGUUCUAACUAGAUGCACAAACAAAAUGGAAAAAAAAAAAAACACCUUCCGAUAGAUCACUCCUAUUAAAUUGUCUCUCAUUCUUGUAUUUUUGAAUCAUAAGAAAUGCACUUUUAUACUGUUGGUAAGUCUUUCCAAUGGGUGUUGAUGCAGUAAAGAUUUUUUUACAUUCAGAAUGGCCUUUUGUAUUGAAGCAUAUGAAUGUCGGCUGCUGCAGAAUCAAAGUAACUGCUGUUUUUUCCUCUGAAAUUUCACUUAAUUGGGGGAAAAUGUUGACUUCCAAAUCAUACAUGUAAAAUGUUUUAGGGGGAAAUAUCCACUAUUUUUUUAAGAUAAAGGGGGAAAAUAUCAGUUUAGUUGUGCGGGUUUACCCUGUGUUCUGCAGGCACCUGACACUGAAAAGCUGAAAAUGCAAUUAAUGAGAAAAUGUAUAAUAAAAGGCUCCUGUCUAAAAAGCCAAAGUUUACACAAUUAAAGAGUUGCUUUACAGGAUGACGCUUGUGCAACUUUGUGCACGGUCUGCGUUUUCCUGUUUUAAUCUGUUGGUGGUGAGUUUUUAAAUCAACCUUGAAAUCCACUUAUUGCUCUUGAACAAUUUUAAUUCUCUCAAAACCAAAACAUCAGUUCCAAACUUUUUUUCCCUCUAUUAUCAUUUGCUUGUGUUUUCUUUUGGCAUCUAAAUUAAUCAUUUAAGAGAUUAUAAUGAAACAUGAGAUAAAAAAGAAAAACCAGCCUUACGUGACUGAAUGUGCCUUACAUUUUGUCUUUUUCUUUUCUCCUCCCGAGUGCUAAUUAUUGGGUUUCAGGUUAAACUCUGGGUGCAACCAAACUUAAAAAA